AUGCUGUUGCCACUGCUCUGCCUCCUGCAGCUGACGGCUGGUGCCCCCUUGGGCAAGGAGCUUCACCAGAUGCCAGCCAGUGUCCUGCAAGGGGCCACCCUGGGACCAACCAAUGCAGUAGUCGCCCCGCCCCCAACCGAAGGGGGAGUCUUGGAGGGGGUCUCGGCCCAGUCCCCCCUCUGCCCCGAGCUGCGGCUCGAGCCCAGGCUGGGCGCCCCUCCCCUCGCUCGGCACUUACCAGCUCUGCCUCGUGCCCAGCGCUUCCCGCCUCAGCGGGCCCCGGAAGUGACGCACCCGCUGUAUGCCAGCUGGGGGGAGCGGGAUCUGGCCGUUAGGGCAGUUGGAGGGCAGUGCGUGCGGGGCGCACUGUCCAGCCGGGGGACGCUGGUCCUGGAGGCCGCCCUGAAGAGCGCCCUGGUGGCCCUGGAAGGGGCGCUGGCCAAGCACGAUCAGCAGCUGCGGGAGUGUGGGGAGUGCGCACCCUGCCUCUCUGGGGACUGUGGCAACCAGAGCAGGGAGUGUGCCCGGCUGGAGACCGACAUGGAUGAUAUGAACGGCGUCUCGGACCAGCCGGCAUCAGGAACGUGUGGCCAGGGGGUGGUGGCACCCAAUGCCACAGCAGCCAAGGGCAAGAUCGUGGGGGGCAGCGUGGCCCCGCGGGGCGCCUGGCCCUGGCUGGUCUCAGUGCGGCUGGGCGGGGAGCUGAUGUGCGGUGGGGUACUGGUGAGGGACACCUGGGUCCUCACGGCUGCGCACUGCUUCGCCGGGAACCGCAAUGAGCUGGCCUGGACAGUGGUGGUGGGGGACUACGAUCUUGCCAAGUGGGAUGAGGGCGAGCAGGUGCUGCCCGUCAACCGCAUCAUCACCCACCCCAAGUUCAACCCCAAGACCUUCCACAGCGACGUGGCGCUGCUGGAGCUGGCGCGCCCGGUGGCCCCCUCGGCACGGCUGAGUCCGGUGUGCCUGCCCGACGGUCCCGAGGAGCCCGGCCCAGGGACGCCCUGCUACAUCGCUGGCUGGGGGUCCCUCUACCAAGAGGGGCCAUCGGCUGAGGUGGUGAUGGAGGCUCGGGUGCCCGUGCUGAGCCAGGACGCCUGCCACAGCGCGCUGGGCAAGGAGCUGCUCACCAGCGCCAUGUUUUGCGCUGGCUACUUGGCCGGCGGCAUCGACUCCUGCCAGGGAGAUUCGGGCGGGCCCCUGACGUGCCAGGAGUCCGGGUCGCAACAGUCCGUGCUGUACGGCAUCACAUCGUGGGGGGAUGGCUGCGGGGAACAGGGCAAGCCAGGCGUGUACACCCGUGUGACGGCCUUCGCUGACUGGAUCCGCCGCCAGAUGGACAAAUCACCUGAGAGCAGAGAGCCCACCUGCUUCGAGCUGCUGGCCGCAUCCCAGCUGCCCAGCGAGCGCCAGCACGCAGAGCUCGCCCACCUGUGCUCUUUCUAUGCCCAGUCAUGCGCCCCACCCCAAGGCCAGGCUGCCUGUGCCUGGGUCGCUGAGGAGACCUGCAGGAUGAAGAGGAGGAGAUGUGAGCUGCGCUCCUAUGCCCAGAUGCUGCUGGAUUUCCUGCGCCGGGCAGAGGAGUUCUUCCGAAACCAGGUGGACUUUGCCUUCUUCACCCACACCCUGCCCCACUUCAUGGAGCAGCUCUACGGGCACCUCUUCCCCGUCCGGGCUCGCCGGGCCACCACAGGGCAGGGGGCCGAGGGGCAGGCAAGCCCUGAAGAGCUCCCCAGCGGCCCCAGCAGGACCCAGCCCCCACCCUUCUUGGCGCUGUUCCAGGCCGUGGGCCCCACACUGGAGGACUGGGUGGGGGAGCUGAGCACCAUGGCUAGGAGCGACAUGGCCCCCCCAGCUCCUGCACUGGCCACCAGGCAACUCCGUGGGGAGGAGCAGCUCUUCCUGCAGCAGGCCGAGGGGGCAGUGGAGGCGCUGAAGGGACACGACUGGGCCUUUCUCCAGCAGCUGCGGGCUGAGCUGGGGGCCCGAGGAGCAGGGCCACAGCCGGGAGCCACCUCCCCGCUGAACCGGCCUGAGGGUGCUGGGGACCCAUCCCUGCGGGCGAGGCGAGAGCUGGGGAAAGCCCUGCCCAGCGACGAGGGACCAGGCGAUCGCAGAGGCUGCCCAGGACUGCAGGAGGCAGCGCUGCAGGUACGCGCCGUGCAGGAGCUCUACCGCUGGGUCCUGCAGGUGCCGGAGCGGGACCUGGCCAUGACCUUCCAGGAGAUCCUGGUGGACCUGGGCUCCAAGAACGCCAAGGGGCUGUACAGGGCACGGGUCCGGGCCACAGUUGGCGGGAAAGCCACUGUCUUCCCUGCCCUGGUAGGGCUGGAGAGCAACUCGCUAUACCGCAGCAUGCCCGGGCUCAUCGCCUUGGCACUGGCAGCUUUGCAGACCUAA